UUGAUGUCCAUGAUUUUACACACGCCGCGGUAUGGAUGCUGAUGUAUGGUGUCGGUGCGGUGACAUGCGGUAUUAUAGCCGGAUACUACAAGAUUGAAUUCAGCCUUGGUGCGCUCUACAUUGUCACUGCCUUUGCUGGACUUGCAACAAUAUCCAAAAAUAUGUGGACGGUUGUGGCGUUCCUGAUAUUGUGCUCCCUGUCAACAUUUGGAAGUGUAGGAGCUUGCGGAUAUUACAUCAACACGCUUGUACGUGGAGGAAUACUAUCUGAUUCCUGUCACGGAUGUUUGAAUGUCUUCAUUCCGUUUUGUAUUUUAGCCGGAAUAACAUUCAUGGCUGUAAUCACCUCAUUUGCCGGGCUGGUCUAUAGCUGCCACGGUUGGUUCUCUCUAGAGGCUCGCAGAAGAAGAACAUCGGUUGCUAACCGGGGACAGCCAGUAAUUGUCACUACAGAAGUUGCGAUGCGAUAGGGCUGCAUACCCUUCACAGUACGAUCAGGAUACGCAUGACAACAUCUAAUGAAGUGUGUAAUUCUUGUGUUUUUUUUUUACUUGGUAUCCGAUGGCAUCUUUGUUAUUCUUUUGGCAACAUAUUCUUAGAGGAAGACCUUUUAUUGAAUGAUUCUAAGGAGCUUUACGUCAAAUACUGAUAACUGUUUCAAAAUGCCUUACGAUGAGUGAAACGAAUUUGUUUUAGCUCUCCGGCUAUAAGCCACACUUAAACUUUUUCUAAGCACCUCUCCUCUACAGAUGGCAGCUUUUAUCUCUUUACAGUGGGCCAUAUUUCUCAUGAAUUCUGUAAUCUGAUUGGUCGAUUUGUUUGUGAGACAAACCAGUAAUACUAUGUCACAAAGAUGAAACAGGUAAUAUGAGCCUAGCUUAUCUUUUUUAGAGGGCUUUUCCCCCAUGAAUUCUGUAAUCUGAUUGGUCGAUUUGUUUGUGAGACAAACCCGUAUUUACCUAUAAUCGGUCACAAAGAUCAAACAGCAUUAUCGAGUCCGCAUUACCUGUUUCGAGUUUUGUUUCAUUGAUUACACACAUGCCAAGUUCUGUCUUCGACCACGUAAUAUGAGGCCGUAUAACGUGCAUAUUCAAGCAUCACGCUGCGCACUACUAUUUGAACACCAAUUUCACUGGCAAAAUUAGCAUUCUUUUUACUGCCAUCAUUGUGAUGUCUGAGUGACUUCCUUUCAAAAACCAUCUAAAAAUGCAGGUUUUGCAUUUUUAAAUAGUUUUAUUUUAUUGAUUUCCCUUAUUCUGCAAUACUAUAAGGAUACACUUGAAGAGAUAAAAUCAUUACACCCUGCUUGUUCUUACGAAAUACGGGACAUAUCUACCUUCUGGUUCCAUAUUCCAUUCUGCCUCUGGUGUCAUGAAAUAUAGAACCAGAACGUAGUUUUCCCCGUAUAAUGUGAACAAACAGGCUGUAACUAAAAAUAUCACCUAAUCAUACAAUAUACAUAUUCCGAUAUUGAGAGUCAAGAAAGCUUGGCUGUGAUUUUCAUUAUUUCUGUUGUCUAUCUUUAUGUGAAGCGGUUAAUAUCGUUUUUUCCUCUUUCUUUCUUUCCUUCUUUCUUUCUUUCUUUCUUUCUUUCUUCUUCUAAAAAUUAUAUCAAUAUUUUCACCGUUUGAGAAGAAAGACAACCCAGUUCUGACCUAAGAUAAAUGAGAAAUCUAUUUAAGGAUUUGCGAUUAAUCGUUUGAUGUGAAGAACGCAGAGGGCAUCAACACUCUGCAAAGAUUGGGCGCCCUCUACGUUCUUUACCUUCCAUUUGUAACACAACGACCCUACUGGAAAUGAAACUGUGUCCCGCAGUCAUGCCAAUGUGUUCAGCAGUGUUCUAGCUAGAGACUUCCCUGUGAUGGCAAUGCAUUGGAAGGUGUUUGAAGAUAAACUAAUCCCUAUUGCAAAAUAUGC